GUCAGUCAACUCAAGUGGACUUUACGCUUCAGGAGUGCCAAUAAUGCGUCUUAUUAUUAUUAUUAUUAUCACAGACACUGCGAAGUAACCCACAAGGGACAAGUCAACGCGUCUGCGAGACAGAAUAAAAAGUGAGCUGAUCCGCUCCUUCAGAGAGGACGCACACGGGACUUGGAGCACCGGAUCUUUGAGCUGUUUGUCAACUCUCUCCCUGCAGUCGGCCGGUGUUCAGAGGAUGGCCACAGAUGCUCAGUGAAUACUCAUAUGACUUCAGAAGCUUUGAUGUGUCCAACAGAAGAGAAGACUUUAAGGGGACAUAUUUCUGACCGGACAGAAGCAGGAUCCUAAAGUUCACUAUUUCCAUUUCCAUCAUUGUUGGGACAAACGGAACCUAAUCAUACAGUAGCCUAUUUGAAAAGGCUACAUUGACCUGAAGGUCUCCGGUUCAACUUUGUUCCCAAAGGCGACAGAGAAGGAGUUCCCUUGUUCUCCUCUCUUUCCACGGAAGCUAUGAACGGACUGCGUAAGCACGUCACUAUGGUACUGGUGCUACUGAUGUGCGCACUGACCGGACACUGUAGCAAGAGCGCGCCCUCGGCGGCCCCGGCGUCGGCUGCAGACUACAGGGACGCGCAGCAGGACUUGAGGCGGAUGGUAGAGAUCGUGAAGCACGUGGAGCAGAGCCUGGGUCGCCACAGCGCGAAAACGGCAGCCCCGUUAACGGCGAGGACCUCUCCGGUGAGGAGCUCUCUGGUGGAACCAAAGGAUUUACGCAACUUGAAAAAAGACAGAGGGGAUCAGGUUGUCGUCGUAUUCCCCAGAGAUCUCAGAAAGAAGGAGAAAUUCUUAAAACAUAUAACAGGUCCGCUAUACUUCAGUCCCAAGUGCAGGAAGCAUGUGUACAGACUCUACCACCACACCAGAGACUGCACCAUUCCUGCAUACUUCAAAAGAUGUGCGCGGCUUCUCACAAGACUAGCUGGCAGCCCACAGUGCACAGAGGGGUAGCACACACAAGGUUGAAACCAAAAAACAAGUUCUCCACGAGAAAAAAAAACAUGGGGGAAAAAAGGGCCCCGGGACAGUGAGAGGGAAGCCUAAAAAUGACAUUAGGCACAGUACUGCCCUUCAGGGAGGCGUGGAUUACUGCCUCCCACCGCUCUGCCUGGGCCUCGAUGGUUGGCUAUCACCACGAGGGAGGCAACCAGCCAACAAAGCCAGACCAAUAUAAAGAUGGUGGAACUUAACAGUGGAGACAGAAGCAAGUGGCUGAGAGAAACAAAAAUGGGGCCAAUUUUGCAGCUGGCAUCCAAAAAAAACGAUGUUGCUAAAACAAAAAAAAGGGAUUGCAUAUUUUCAUUUUGCUCAUUUCUUUAAGAAAAGAGCAAAAUCCAAAUGUACUGUUUUUCAUUUGCUCUGUACGAGUGUUGUGGGUUGAGCCUAACCCUUCUACUGUACUACCCGUUACGCAGACAAAAAGCUCUCACAGACCUCCUGGCAUCAGUCACAGCAUAGUUUCACCCAUGUGUGCUCACACUGAGAAAAGACCUGUGAUUAAAUUAUUAAUUGCAUGAACAUUUCUCUGCGUCUUUGCAAGACAUGUUUAAAAAAAGGAAGUGGCGGUUGUAUGUCACAGCCCUCCUAUGGAUCUUGGUAGAGCAUGGUAAAGUCUAUAUUUAUAUUUUUGAGUUGUCACAAGGUUUCACUGUAUAAACUAUAGGCCAUAUGAGACAAGAGAAUAUGUACAUAUUGUAAAGCGAAGCAUAAGAGGAAUCCAUCUAUCUACCAUAAAUUAAAGUGGCUGGCAUUUAUCAAA